UGCGACGAUGAAGAAACUACAUUUUGCGAAGAAGCAAUGGGCGUUCCAGGAGCGUACUGUGUUGGCGUACCAUUCAGCCCCAAUUUGUUCAAAAUGAUGUGCUAUCAUUUGAGAACGGAAGAUUAUCUCAAUACGCCCUCUGCUGAAGAAGGUACUCGAGUGCGGGACAUGCCGAAAAGACAAUCCGCUCUGAGAAAGGGCAACGCUAGAACGUUGCUUCGCGAUAAUGACCUCGACGGACGUGCGAAGUCAGGGGAGCCACAAAAACGCAAGACAUGCCAUGCUCGGAGAUAA